AUGGGCUUCGCGAGCCGCCCUAAUAAGGUCGACGGCCCGCCGAGCCGGACCAGCAGCGUGGCCUCCUCCGGCACCACGCCCGCGCCCAGCACCAGCGCCAGCGCCCGAACCUCCUCCAUCUCCAGCGAUGACGCCAAUAACGGCGCACGCCCAGGACAGUCCCCGGCGCGCGGCGCCCCGGGCCACACGCUGGAGGCGCCGUCGCGGAAGAACCGGCCCGGACGUAGCCCCUCCCGGCCGCUGCAGCUGUUCCAGAAGCUUCGCCGCGCGCUCCCCAUCCUGGCGCCCCGGUGCGGGAGGACGCCGGCGGGCUCCUCCUCGGGCACCGCCGACUCGCACCUCAUGUCGCGGCACGUCGCGUCGGGCGGCGGGAGGCGGCCGUGCCGGCGCGUCACGGGCACGCUGUUCGGCCGCCGCAAGGGCCGCGUCGCGCUGGCGCUGCAGGAGACGCCCCGGAGCCUGCCCAGCCUGGUGGUGGAGCUGGCGCUCCAGACGCACGCGCUGCUCCGCGAGCUCGGCAACCCCGCCGGCGCGCGCAUCGUGCUGGAGACCGAGCGCCGCCGCGGCGGCGAGGGGCCUAAGCGCGCGCCGCCGCUGCUGGACGAGGCUGCGUGGACCAUGUUCUGCAACGGGAGGAAGACCGGGUACGCGGUGCGGCGGGAGGCGACGGACUACGACCUGACGGUGAUGGAGACGCUGCGGGCGGUGUCCAUGGGCGCCGGCGUGCUCCCGGUCCCGGCUGGAGGUGGAGCUGGGGGUGGGGGCUCGGGGUCGGCGCCGGACGACGAGGUGGCGUACAUGCGCGGCUGCUUCGAGCACUUGGUGGGGUCGUGGGACUCGGAGUCGCUCUACAUGGUGACGCCCCAGGGCGGCGGCACCGGCCCGGAGCUCGCCGUCUUCUUCGUCAGGCUCUGACCAAAACGCCCUCUCCUUGCUGCAUGCAUGCAAAUGCUCAUGCUUAGAUUUUGAUUAGAUUUUAAUUUAUUUAUUCUUACCCAAAAACAUGCAUAUGCA